GUGUAGGUUGAAGUUGCCCCUAGACGCUGGUCUUGGGUCAGCUUUGCAUUUCCCCUGCUAAUGGUUAAGGUUGGGAUUGAGGAAGGGGAAGCUUAUCAUGGAUCUGUACCUCGGGGAAAUGCCACCCCAAAGUCGUUGUCCAUCGAGCCAUGAAAUCAACAUCAACAGAACAGUAGGAUGUUUCGUCAGCACUUUUCUGUGAACAAUGGCUGGAAAAACAUGGGUGGGCUUAGGUCUCGCUCUUUAACCCACUCCUGUUCACUUCGGAGGAGAACAGCGUAUUGACACUCUUGGCUGCUACUCACUGGUCCUUGAGUUUCAUUUGGCUCUGGGGCUCUCCAGUGUCCUCUCUCCAACAUGAUCUUCCUACUGCUUUUCCCUGUCCUCGUCUUAGGUGAAAUUCAAUUACAAAGCAAUGUCUCAUCCAAUGUAACAUUUGAAGAUAACGAAAGUUUUCAGGAUCAGGAGUAUUCCGCUGUUUUUCGCCACUGCAAUGAGAGCCUCCUAGAACACUUCAGCUACAUUAUAUGCUGGAAUCAGUUUCUCUCUGAAAUGACAGACAUCAACAAGGAACUCUGGUGUGAAUGGGACCAAGUCAUCAGACCAUACAAUGAGCUGACCAGAUGUAUCGAGAGCUUGACCACCAACUUAGGAUGUUACUUCCCGAACCAAGUGGUGCAAGACUUCUUCAUCCAGAUCCAUUCCAGCUUCUUCCAGGCAUGUCCGGAGGAGGAGCAGUUAUUUCCUGACGCCCCUUCCGGUGUUGUGCUUACCCUUACCCUCAUUCCAGUCAGUCUCAUCCCCGUCUUGGUUUUCCUAGUGGUCUGGAAGAGCAAGAUCUGCGACUAAGUUGGAAAUGUUGAAUAUGUGCUGUUUGAAUGUGUCUUAGGUCCCUUCCUGAAACAACCCCUAUCAAAAAUGUCCUCUAAGUAUUUUCUUAUAAUGUGUUUAUUUUUAAAAUAUGAUUAUUGUAUGUAUAUUAAGAUUGUUUCUAUUUGUAUAUUUGUAAUGUUGCAAAAUACAUUUACUUAUUUCUUUCACAAAAAAAAAGUAUUAUAAUUGUAUCUAUUCUGAAACAACCCCAUGUCAAUAUAUUUAUAUUGUAAUACAGUAUAAGGGCAAUAAGUACCUACAGUUAAUUUACUGUAGAUGGUCUGUAGUCAUAUUUAUAUUUACGUUUAACAUAUUCUAUUAACAUAUUUACUUUAUACUAUACGUCAUUUAAGCCACUGGGGUUGCUCUUCAAAAGCCCCCCCACACACACACACACACACACAUUUAGCUGUCAUGUACACUGAAAUAAAACUAAACCACAAAACAAAUGGACAGAAAUAAUAUCCACAACAGUCUCUUAGUAUAAAAGUGAAAAGGGCGCCGGAUAUCAACCGCAACUACAGGGACAUCGUGUUUUCUGGCCCCUUUUUUGACCCUCCCCUAAUCCCAGUGUCACUAUAGCUCGUGCUAUACCUAUACAUUGUCUUCCCUUGGUCUCCUGCUCGGGAGGUUCUAGGGAAUGAUUCAGAUAAGGUAUAUAGCAGCCAUUAACACUGAAUCAAUCUUUCAGAACACUGUUUACCUUAUAAUAAUAAUAAUAUAUGCCAUUUAGCAGACGCUUUUAUCCAAAGCGACUUACAGUCAUGUGUGCAUACAUUCUACGUAUGGGUGGUCUCAGGAAUCGAACCCACUACCCUGGCGUUACAAGCGCCAUGCUCUACCAACUGUGCUACAGAAGGACCUUAUGCAUGAGAGUGAAUGCGUGGCAGAUACAUUGUAGUAUCACCAGACCUGGGUCAUACAUAUGAGUCAAAUACUUUCAAAUACUUGAGAUGCACUUGAUUGAGUUUACAAUGGGACCAAUGGAAUAGUCCCAAAAGAGCAAACCCCAAGAUGAAUCAACUGAAAGUAUUUGACCCAGGUCCGGUAAUUAGGUCAGAGUUCAGCUUCAGCCAGCCCAAUUUCCUACUGAACCCCCCUGGGUGACUGUCAUAUAGUCAGUGAAUAAUAGAACAUACUGUGCUCAGCCAACCAAACGUGCUAUUGGUCUGUUGGAGUGUUCACUGUGUGCUGCUAAAUAUCUCUGUUGGAGCACUGCCUAACACUGGGAAUCAAUGAAGUGCAUCCAACUCAUUCAUGUCAUACAGCCAGUUGUUGAAACCCAAGAUCUUUAGGCAGUAGUCCAGUCCUGGAUCGGGACUUCUAGUGCUGUGGUACCUGCACAAACUAGCCUUUUAUUACACUAUAAUUUAGUGCAAUAGCAAAUGUACGUUUACUUUCAAUGCUAAGACUACCAUUGUAUGAUGUUUCCUGUGCUGGUGUGGUUGUGAAGAGGCGCGUAAUAUCAAGUAACUUGAGUUACAGAGAGGGGUAACUUAUUAUUUGAAUAAUCAAGAAGCUAGUUCUCACCGUUUUUCUGAAUGAAUACAGUGGCUCACCAUGGGCCAAUCCAGUUGCAUUGUAGAGAGAGAGAAAGAUUAAGUGGUUGUUUAAAUAACGAUAGCCUUGUUAACUUUCACAUACUUAUUAGUUCAGUGGGGAAAUACGGACUGUUUGGAACAGGGCAAAUUCCUUUUGGUGAUUAAACCUUAGAGAAAGAGCAUUCUCUCUCUUAUCUAAACUCACAGUUUCACCCACUGUUGUGGUUAGAUGCACUGCUGACAAUCGGCCGUUUGACAUUUCACAGCUGUAUGGUGAGGCUAUGUCGAGAUGGCAUAAGGCGCCACCUACUGUCUCAAAGCUGUAAAGACGACUCCAGUCAACUGUGUAUGCAGUAUACACAUACAGGUAACUGCCAAAAUAAAGGAAACACCAACAUAAAGUGUCUUGGGGCAUUGGGCCAUCCACCACGAGACAGAACAGCUUCAAUGCACAAUGGCAUAUAGUCUACAAGUGUCUGGAACUCUAUUGGAGGGCUGUGACACUUCUUCCAUGAGAAAUUCCAUAAAUCGGUGUUUUGUUGACGAUGAUGGAAAAUGCUGUACCAGGCUCCGCUCCAGAAUCUCCCACAAGUCUUCAAUUGGGUUGGGAUCUGGUGACUGAGACGAACAUGGCAUAUUAUUAUUCAUUAUUAUUACUUUUUUUAUUUUUUAUAUUACAAUUUUUUCAUUUUCAUGCUCAUCAAACCAUUCAGUGUUCACUCGUGCCUUGUGGUUGGGGGCAUUGUCAUCCUAUUGGGGCACAGCCAUGGUAGCCAAAAUGGCCAAAAUAUUGAUGGGAUGUUAAUUGCGUAAUUAACUCAGGAACCACACCUGUGUGAAAGCCCCUGCUGUCAAUAUACGUUGUAUCCCUCAGACUUUCCAUUAUUUUGGCAGUUAUCUGUACAUAUUUCAUUCUACCAAGUUUCAACUACAAAUAAAAAUAGUUUGUCAUUGUUGGA